AUGUCUUCAGCUACAAUGAGACCAAAGGGGGGACGGAGGCAAGACGGUUAUCAAUCUUUUAACCCCAACUCGAAUCAAAGCCAUAACAACCGGAACUCUAAAAACAAAUGGAAUACCAAUUCACAACAUCUCGUUAAUAACACACCGAGAAAUCAACCAAUUCCUCCAACUUCUCAACCGUCUGCUAAUCAUCAUAAUAACACACCAUCUUCUGGUUCAAACUCCCUUAAAACUAUCGAACAAGUUGUUCACGACGAGGGUAUUAAUGUUAUUGUUACUGUCAAAGGUGGCAUAAAAUAUCAAGGUCUUUUAUCCCGCGCUUGUACAGAAAGUGAAUUGGGUGUUGUCUUGAAAUGUGCUCGAAAAGUCCUCUCUAAGCAAGAUGAAAAGACCACACCUAAUAGUAUGAUAAAUGAAUUUAUUAUAUUUGCCAGAGAUUUGAUGGAAAUUUACGCUACCGGUGUAGAUUUUUCCUUGUCUGAAAAAACUUCAACCGAACGUGAAGGAUUUAGAACGGAUUCCGAUAUUAGUGGCCGGAGUGAGAUUCGAGAACGUGAACUUCACAAAUGGACACCAGAUGAAACGGGAGAAACUAUGAAGGAGUCUGCUAAUGCAAGUUGGGAUCAGUUUGCUGUUAAUGAACAAUUAUUCGGUUUGAAAACCGAUUAUAACGAAGAGAUCUAUACAACGAAAUUAGAUCGAUCAAAAGCGGAUUAUAAAGAACGAGAAAGAAAAGCCAUUAAUUUAGCUAACGAGAUAACACGGGAAUCCACGACGAACACUCAUAUGCUUGAGGAACGUGGUCAAAUAGUCGAAGAUCAAAUGGAUGAAGAAGACAGAUAUGGCGCGGUUGUUCGUAGCAGGGAUCCAAAUAAAUAUAUGCCACCACACUUACGAAAACAACAGGAGCAACAAAUACAACCAAAUGGAGUAGCGCCAGCUGUAAAAAAGACCGAGACAAAUAAUGAAGUUACCAAAGAUGCCAAAAUUAAGCCUCCAGAAGAUAUAAAGCCUACAACAAAAUCCGCACAACCUGCCACAAACCCUACCUCUCCUUCAUCUUCUAUACCGAAAAUUCCACCGUUUGCACCAUCACCCUCAUCAUUAUCUAGUUAUCGAAUUCCAGAACACGUAAUGGCUUCACUUCAAAUUCCACGGAAAAAUGGUACUGAAGCAGAAGGAAAACCUAUUGAAGCACAAAUUGUAAAAACGUUUCGUCAGUUUGCUACAAGCGAAAAAGAACGCCUUCAGCAAAGAAAACAAGCGAUUUUCAAAAAGGAAAUGGAUGGUAAAAUGGCCGAAUUACUUAAGUGGGGUCAAAAUUUCAAGCUGAAUUCACCGUUACCUGAAGAUCUCAUUCCAAUUUUGACUAAAGAUGAAACAAAACAACCAAAGGUAGAAUUUGUAAAACCAUCAAUUAAGAUUGAAGAAGUUCAACCACAAAAGUCGAAUGUAGAGUCAAAGACAACUUCAGAAAAAAUCAUAUCAGAAAAACCUACUUCAGCAGCUGAUAAAGCACCACCACAGUUUCCUUCUACCAGAACUCCUGCAACAUCACAGACGAACACUAAGCUAAAUGCUAAAGCACCUGAAUGGAAACCUAAUCCUAAUGCGGCAAGCUUCACUCCGACUCCUAAUUCUAGUACUGGGGAAAAAAGAUCACCCGAUUCGUCACCAUUUUUUGGUAAUCGUCAGUUAAAAAAAAAUAUAUCGUCACUUAAGGAUGGUUUUAGUCCGUUCCAGAAGAGCAAACCACCUAAUCCUAGUACAAUUCCUCCUACGUGGCCUUUUGGUCAAAGACCUUUUAGGCAUCAUUUUACAGUCACCAGCAACUACGAGGAAGACAUCUACUCACAAGCAGCUGCAAAUCAAAGUUUCGGUUUUGCUGCUUACCCAGUGGCUGCUCCUUAUCGAUAUCCUUCCGGUACUCAAUUUGUUGGUGUUCCACCUAUGCCAUUGCAGCAAGCGACUCCAUUGCCAUAUUUACAACCAGGUUUUGUUCCAGGUAUCCCUUUUACUGCUGCAGCACCAAUGCCACCGAAUGGCGCUCCACCUGCGAUUUAUAGUCCGCAGAUGUCAUCAAUGAUCCCACAACAUUUUGGUUCACAAGGAUUUCAGUCUCCUGGACGCACCCCCAUCGUUCCUACCGGUAUACAUCCUCAAAUUUACCAACCAUACCAAAAUCAACAUGGUAUCCCCAUGAUGCGAUACCCACACGACAUGGUACAUGUCCCACCGAGUAGUGUUAUGAUGAGUCAACGACCUAUGAUUUUAGAUCCACAUUAUAACGUUCAGCCUGAAGCUACACCGAUGG